GGUGGUUUUAUAGAGGUCGAAUACUUAUUUCUGUAUCAAAGAGAUCUUUAAUCAAGGCUUUUGCCUUCUUGAAUAAUUCAGAAAAGGCUUCAAUGUCAUUUGCCUUGCCUUCUUUAUACGUUUGAGGUAGAUUUUGUGUGGUAUUUAUCAUAUUAUCAGCAUGAUUUAUGACUGAUGAUAAAUCACUUUCUACUUUUUGAAGGUACUUUGAUAAGAGCAAAGUGAAGCUAAAUAAAAACUCGCAAGUAACUAGUGAGAUGAAAAAUACUCUUCUCAUUUCCAGAAAGAAGACAACUCUUGAAGAGUGGCUAUUAUAGUUGGAAUGAGCUCUAAAAAUUUAUUGAUGGCGUCCUUCCGCUCAAUGAACCUAGUCUCACACAAUCCCAAAAGGGAUGGUGGGGCGGAGGUGCCGCAAGUGGCCAAGGAGUCAUUACUUGAUGAGGCGUCCCAGCAGGAGCCAUUACCGGAACAACUUAACCUCAAAAGAGAAUUGGACUUGUUCAGUGCUGUCAGCCUAAUCCUCAGUAUUAUGAUAGGAGGAGGUAUCUUUGUGUCACCAUCUAGUGCCUUACAAAGAGCUGGUUCUGUAGGGGAGGCUUUGAUAGUCUGGAUCGUCUGUGGGCUUCUGUCUCUUUUGGGAGCACUGGCGUUUGCUGAGCUGAGUACGGUAGUACCACAAUCUGGGGCAGAGUAUACCUACUUCAGGGCUGCCUACUCGCCCCUCCACAAGUUCUGGGGCCCUCUUCCUAGCUUUAGCUUCAUUUGGGUUGUUGUGCUCAUCUUGAGGCCUGCAGAGGGUGCUAUAAUCAUCCUCAUAUUUGCUGAGUACGUGUACCAACCAGUAGCCAACAUAUUUGACCCUCAACUUUGUCCACUUUACCAGGAAUACAUCAAGAAAAUUAUUGCUUUAUUGGCAUUAGGAAUAACAACAUACAUUAACACAAGAAGUGUGAAACUGUUUGUCAAGAUGCAAAACGUACUUUCAUCGUGUAAGAUAGUUGUCUGUAUGAUAGUAAUUGCCGGAGGGAUCUACAAUCUAAGUCAAGGAAAUAUAGAGCAUCUAAGUACAGGGUUUGAAGGAUCAAAAACUGGAAUAAAAGAUAUAAUACUUUCCUUAUAUAGUGGGCUUUGGACAUAUGAUGGAUGGACUUCCGUGAGUUUAGUUUCUGAAGAGGUUAAAAAUCCACAAAAAAACAUUCUCCGUAGUAUAUUGAUAGCUGUGCCUCUAGUCAUGGUUCUAUUUGUCAUGAUGAAUGUUGCGUACAUGUCCGUCCUCACAGUGCCAGAGAUGAUUUCAGUUCCUGCUGUUGCUGUAGCAUUUGGCGACAGAAUUCUUGGACCUCUUAAAUUUAUCAUUCCAGUAGGAGUUGCUCUGUCAUCAUUCAGCUGUUCAAUGGCCAGUCAGUUUGGUGUAGCCAGGUUAACAUUUGCGGCCGGACGAGAAGGUCACAUGCCAGAAGCUCUUUCCUAUAUUCAUAUACACAGAUAUACUCCUGCUCCAGCUGUCGUGUUACAGGGUGUGCUAACGUCCCUCUUCAUUUUAUCUGGAAGAAUCGUCACUCUUAUAGAAUUCGCCAGCUUCCUCAUCUGGUCCUUUUAUGGAUUUGCUUUCACGGCUCUCAUAAUUCUCAGGAAAACAAGACCUAAUGCUCUCAGGCCAUACAAGGUACCAAUAGGAAUCCCUAUCUUUCUAGCCUUGCUGUCUGUAGUGCUUGCAGCAGUUCCCAUAGUGAUGGAUCCAUCCCCGGGACACAUCGGUGCUGUCAUGUUCAUCAUUCUGGGAUUCAUGGUCUACUAUCCUUUGAUCUACAAGGGAUAUAAGCUGCCAUUCGCUGAAAAAUUGUACUACUUGGUCCAAGUUGUAAUGGAAGCAUCGCCACCAACUGAAAUACCCAAGUUGUAAGCUGACCGACUUGCACUUCCGUGGAUCACUGUAAUAUCUAUGUACUUAGUUCAGUUUUUUACCUACUUAGUACUAUACAUUCCAUGAAUGUUUGUUCAGACACAAAAUAAGUAUAUAUUUAAAUCAUUUUAGUAUAAGUGUAAUAUUGUAGUGACUAUAUAUUUUUUGUAUUAUGUACUGCCAUAAUUGAAUGUAAUUAAUGUAGUAUAAUAA